CGACUCGACGCUUUGCUUUCCCACAGCGCUCACGGAAGAUAUCAUAUAGACAGACACAAAACUCAUUUGUCUUUCUCCCCACUACCAUAUUGAAAAGCAGCACUGCCGAUUGUGUGCUUUUUGUCUCGGCUGGAAAAGCUUCUACGCAAACUUCGCAUCUUCCUAAAGGCAUCCUAUCAUGUCGGCUAUGGACGUUGACGAUGACUUUAUGAACGACAGCGAUGCCGCAGAAGAUUAUGACACCGGCUCGGACGCGGAGAACGGGGAGGAGGACUACGAUGAGGACUACGACGAGGACGAGGAAGAGUUUGCAACCGGCGACGGGUUUGAGCCCGUCAUCGCCGACAAAGACAUCAAGAAGGCCUACGAGGUCGAUUGGAAGGUCCACUCGACCGCCGACAUUACCGCUUUCCAAAACGAAGAGGUGGCCCACGUUGCCGGGAUCCUUGGCUGCUUGCCUGAACAUGCAGCGACCCUGCUGAGACAAUACAAGUGGAACAAAGAGCGCCUCAUCGAACGUUACGUAGAAGAUCCAGAAGGCGAAUCUGAGAAAGCGGGGGUGGUGGUAGACACGCAAAAGCAACCCAAGUUCACCACCGUGAAAGGCUUCGAGUGCCCGAUCUGCUGCAAUGACGAUGAAGACCUGGAGACCAUUGCCUUACACUGCGCCCACCGCUUUUGUCGGGAUUGCUACGAACACUACCUGAAGGAAAAAAUCGCCGAGCAAGGAGAAAGCAGGCGGAUACAAUGUAUGGAGGCUGGUUGUAAAUUGGUGGUGGACGAAAAUACUGUUCAUUUGCUGGUGUCGGAGGAGGUACACGCAAAAUACCGGUCGUUGCUCAUUCGGACCUACGUGGACGACUCACCAUUCCUGCGAUGGUGUCCCGCCCCCGACUGCGAGUACGCUAUCGAAUGCCACGUAGCGCAAACGCAGUUAGCCGAGAUUGUUCCCACAGUCAAGUGCAAUUGCGGUCAUGUGUUUUGCUUCGGCUGUGGACUACCAGAUCACAAGCCAUGCAUAUGCCCACUUGUACGGUUCUGGCUCAAGAAAUGCGCGGACGACUCGGAAACAGCAAAUUGGCUAUCAGCCAAUACGAAGGAAUGCACGAAAUGCGCAUCCACGAUCGAAAAGAAUGGGGGCUGUAACCACAUGACGUGCAAGAAAUGUAAAUACGAGUUCUGUUGGGUCUGUCUGGGGCCGUGGGUGGAUCACGGAACACAGUGGUACAAUUGCAACCGCUUCGACGAAAAAGCAAGCAUAGACGCAAGGGAUUCGCAAGCGAAAAGCCGACGACAGCUCGAAAGAUAUCUACAUUACUACAACCGCUACGCAAACCACGACCGGUCCGCAAACUUCGGCGUUUACCUGAUAGCCCGCACAGCUAAGUACAUGGCGGACAUGCAAUCUGCAUCAAGCCUAUCCUGGAUCGAAGUCCAGUUCCUCCGAAAAGCCCUCGACGAGCUCCUCGAGUCGCGGAUGGUGCUCAAAUGGACGUACUGCUUCGCCUACUACCUCGCCCGCGACAACAUGACUGCUCUGUUCGAGGACAACCAGCGCGAUUUGGAAGUUGCAGUCGAGAACCUAAAUGAGCUGCUUGAGAAGCCGAUAUUUGGCGCAGAGGCGGCCAAAGUGUUCCAAGGGCUCAAAGCCGCGCAAAGUUCUUCAUCAUCGGACCUUGCUUCCACCACUACCACUACCAAUACCCCCGCCCCCGCCCCAGGCAUCGAAGGAACGACCCCGCCAAACACCACCACCCUCGCAGACAUAGAAGACCGGAUCAGGAACCUGCGACAACAGGUGCUCGACAAGAUGGGAUAUGUGAAGCAUAGACGCGAGGUGCUACUGAGAGAUACGGCCCAGGGGUUGAAGGAACGUCGCUGGACGGUCAUUGUAGAUAUGAAAACGGGCAUGAUGCUCGAUUGAAUUGGAGGGUCGUUCCCACGUGCGAGCGUGCGAUAGGAAGAGGGAGGGGUGCGGAGGGGGGAAGGGGAAGGGAUAUGCGCCA